AUGAGAGAUUUAGCAUCGUGUUUCAGCGAUUACUCGGUGCAGAUUUCGGAGACAUCGUGCUCAAACUACUCGCCGAAUUCCUGCAUUUCCCCAAAUUUAACCCCUUCCGUUCAAAAUGCGGUUACCUCUCUCUACAAAGCGACUCUCUCAAAUCAGAAGCAGAUUCCGGUGACGCUGACGUGGAGCCGCAGCAGCGUCUCUCAAUCGCUGACGAUCGCCCUCGGCGACGGCCAAUCCACGGCGGUGAAGCUCACCACCAAUUCUAGGAUUUUCCGGAAGCUGAAAGGCGCGAAAACCCUAGAAUCCCACGGCAGCAAGAUCGAGAUCUUCUACGAUCUCUCCGACGCGAGGUACGAGUCCGGAGCGGAGCCAAUCGACGGUUAUUACGUCUUCAUCGCUAUCGACUCCGCGCUCAGCCCGAUCCUCGGCGGCGGCGGAUCGGCACCGGAGGUUUAUCUCAGGAAAUUGAAAUCGGGGGCGAAAAUGGCGAAAUUCGCACUCGUGUCGCGGCAGGAGCACUUAUCUGGGAACGCGAUGUACUCGACCAAGGCAAAAUUCCGCGACGGCGGCGCGGCGCACGACGUCGUGAUCCAGUGCGGCGGAGGCGGAGAUGGCGAGGGGAUGAAGCAGCACCCGGUGCUGUCGGUGUGCGUGGAUAGAAAGACGGUGAUAAGAGUGAAGAGGCUGCAGUGGAAUUUCAGGGGGAAUCAGACGAUUUUCCUGGACGGAUUGCUGGUGGAUUUGAUGUGGGAUGUGUACGACUGGUUUUCGGGCUCGGGCUCGGGCUCGGGCCCUGGAUGCGCGGUGUUUAUGUUCAGGACGAGGAGCGGGAUGGAUAGCAGGCUGUGGCUGGAGGAGAAGAUGGUGAAGAAAGAUGAAGAUAAGCAUGAGUUUUCAUUCAUGAUCUACGCUUGUAAGAAUCUUUGA